AUACAACAAUUUCAAUGCAGAUUACUUUGGUUGAUGUCAGUAUCAUUCCAUUAUGUGCAAAUAGUACCUAAGAUUUAAUUUAAUGCCUAAAAGAUAUAUUUUGCUUCCAUUCAGGGAGACAAGCAUUAGCUAGCAUUGUUAAAAUUCAGUCAGAAUUUAGGGGAAAUGUCUAUAGAUCCCAUUUUUCUCUUCUUUAUUAGCUAAGAUGAUUUAAGGAUUGAUUACUGUUAUAUCUUCCUUAAAGCAUUUCCUUUUGACUAUUACGCUUGUCCAAUCUUUUGAAUCAUAAAAUCUGUUCAUAUGGAAUAUAUAUGUCUGCUCUUCUGCUUUUUCGACAUGUCAGAUAAAAUCAGUGGCUUGUUUGUCCUAACAUCUAACAGUUCUGUCUUAAAGGUGGUACAGUAGAGGCUGGCCUGAUUGAUGAAACUUGCCAAUGACUGUAUUUCAUAUUGGAAAUAGAGCCUGAAGUCCAGACUUUCCCACUCUAAGUAGUUUUGAUGGCAGAAAAAAGAAGGUCCUACAGUGGAGGGGAAGCAAUGGAGGAACUCAUGCGGCCCAGUGGACAAAAAUGGGCUAAUAUGGAUCCAGAAGAACGAAUGUUGGCAGCUGCUACAGCUUUUACCCACAUCUGUGCAGGGCAGGGUGAGGGAGAUGUCAGGAGAGAUGCCCGGUCUAUCCAGUAUGAUCCCUACAGUAAAGCUUCAGUAACCCCAGGAAAGCGACUUGCUCUUCCUGUGCAACUGCAGUACCCACACGUAGAAAGUAAUGCCACUUCAGUAACAGUCUCUGAGCCUUCCCAGAGACUCCGAAAGCCAGUGAUGAAGAGAAAGGUGUUGCGGAAGAAGCCAGAUGGGGAAGUAUUAGUGACAGAUGAGUCGAUUAUCAGUGAAUCAGAGUCUGGUACAGAAAGUGAUAUGGAUCUCUGGGACUUAAGACAAAAGCUUAUGAGUCUACAGUUCCAAGAAGACAUGGACUCCCCAGAUGACAUUCCACAGAAACUUACCCUACCACAUGAAUACCAAGGAAUUUCUCAAGAUCAGCUCAUUUGUUAUCUACGAAGAGAAGGAAUGGGCCCUCCAGCUUAUGAACAAGACCUGAUGGUUGCCAGCAGACCCAAGUCCUUUAUUCUCCCAAGGCUGGACCAGUUAAGCCGAAAUCGGGGCAAGGUAGACCGGGUAGCCCGAUACUUUGAGUACAAAAGAGACUGGGACUCGAUGAGGUUACCUGGUGAAGAUCAUAGAAAGGAGUUACGCUGGGGUGUCCGAGAGCAGAUGCUUUCGCGACCAGAACCCCAGGCCAAACCUCAGCACAUAUAUGUUCCAAACAAUUACCUGGUGCCAACUGAGAAGAAAAGAUCUGCCCUUCGUUGGGGUGUUCGUUGUGACCUUGCAAAUGGAGUCAUGCCCAGGAAGCUUCCUUUCCCUCUUUUUCCUUCUUAAGUAUUUUUUAACCUCUUUUAUGGGAUUGUUUGAGGGUAAUCUGGUUCUUUAUCUCUGUCCUCUAUUUAAAUAGAAACAACUAACUUGCAAGCCCAUGGAACAUUAUACAGUAAGGACUUCACCCACCAUUGGUCUUUCCUGGGUCUAUAUCACAUUGGUAAUCAAAUACCACUUCACUUCCAAAUUACCACUCUCAAAUCUACUAGCUGCAAGAGAAAUAAGGCCAGAAAGAAAAAAAACAGACCUAGUCUUUCUACUUUGUCAGCACUGUUUCUGUUCUAUAUUUUUAACCUUUGGCCAAUGUGAACUGCUGUUUUUAAAGUUGCUGGGCAUUAAGCUUAUUCAUUAAAGAAUUGGGGUUUUGUGGACUUGA